AUUUGUUGGACGUUGAAUUUUUUAUAUUAGGAAUACCUAAAGUAUCGGAGAAUAGUUGCGAUUGCAACACCCGUAGCGAACUCAGUUUGUUAAGAUAGUCACACUGUGAGCGGCGCAUUCAGUUUUAGAAACCCUGCGUUGUAAUCUCUCUUGGCGGUUUGAUAGGAAAACCCAGCUUCAGUUUUUUUCUUUAAGCUCAGCGUAAGCAGCAAGCAAAACAAAACACAUCAAAAUGUCUACAGUCGACAAAGAGGAAUUGGUCCAAAAGGCAAAGUUGGCCGAACAAUCUGAAAGAUACGAUGAUAUGGCUCAGGCUAUGAAAUCAGUCACAGAAACCGGUGUUGAACUGUCAAAUGAGGAAAGAAAUUUACUCUCCGUUGCAUACAAAAAUGUUGUUGGUGCCCGCCGAUCAUCGUGGAGAGUAAUUUCAUCAAUCGAGCAAAAAACUGAAUCCUCCGCCAGAAAACAACAGCUCGCCCGCGAGUACAGAGAACGCGUGGAGAAGGAACUUAGGGAAAUUUGUUACGAAGUUUUGGUAAGUUUUUUUUCCGUGUGCAGUUUUUAGAUACUGUUUUCAUGU